GAAAAAGAAACUAGGCCUACUUCACGUCUCAACUACUACAACGUUUAAAACAAGAUUGUACAAAUAAUAAUAAUAAUAAUAAUAAUAAUAAAAAACUUCCCAUAUAGUCAUGCACUAACUUCAUUCGGGACGUCUAAAAUGUAUGCAGCUCAGUUCCGAUGGAGAAGCACCAGCUAUCCUGCUCCCCUGUUAACAGCCAGGCCCACACGUGCCCUGAUAGAUGAGCCCAUCAGCAUUGAGGCACGCCAUCUGCCCUCCCACCGGCCCAUCACAGUACGGGCACACAUGACCAGUGAGGAUGGAGAUCUCUGGGAAGCACUGUCUCACUACCACACAGAUGCACAGGGUGCAAUCAACUUGAUGCGGGAUGCAUCGGUGGGUGGUUCCUAUGUGGGCUGUGAACCAAUGGGACUCUUCUGGGCUCUACAACCUGCUCUCGGAGGUAGAAAGGGACUCAGGCUGCGUAAGAGAGACGUUGAGACUCCAUAUUCAGUGAAUCUGUCUCUACUAGACGGGCAUGUGAACCCGGAGGAUAACAGAGGGAAAGGAUCCGGAGAGGGACAGGAGCUGGCGGCAGUGGUGGUGGAUAGGUACUACAUGGCACCAGGAGUGCGCCGGAUUGAGGUUCGGCAGAAUGGUGUGGUGGGCACCAUGUUUCUCCCACCAGGACCAGGCCCAUUCCCUGCUGUACUGGACCUCUGGGGGAUGGGAGGGGGUCUGGUAGAGUACCGCUCUGCCCUGUUUGCAUCUCAUGGCCUGGUUAGUUUCGCCUUGGCUUACUUUGGCCACAAAGACAUCCCCGGACCCCCGAACCGUAUCAAUGUGGGAGAUUCUUACUUCCGGGCUGCCUUCCAGCUCCUGCAGGACCACCCACAGGUGUGUGAGGACAGGAUUGCAUUAAUGGGCCUCUCAUUUGGGGUGUUUCUGUCCCUGCGUAUAGCCUCUCAGCUCUCUGUCCAUCCUAGAUGUGUAGUCGGCAUUAAUGGUCCUUUGGGCAGUUUCAACAAAUUUGCAAGUGAAGAUGGACUUAAAGAAAGCUUCGAAGAAAAUCAGAAGCACUGGAGUUAUGAUGAAGAGGGUUACGUUAGUUUCAAAGAAGUGUCUUCGCCAAGAAUCGUUCCUUCAGAAAAUUAUGUGCAGGUUGAGAACAUGUGCUGCCCCCUGCUGUUCAUAGUGGGAGAGGACGACAUGAGCUGUACUGCUCAGGAGAAUGCAGAUGAGAUUAAGAAGAGACUGCAAGCUGCAGGUAAAUCUCAUCUGUUCAACCGUCUGUCCUACCCAGGUGCUGGCCACCUGAUUGAACCCCCUUAUGCCCCCAACGCACGCGUGUCUCUGUGGACAACACGACCCAAAAAAAGUGAUGACGAUAUGGGGUGGAAACCUUGCCCAACAUGCUGCAGCUCAGGAGGAUUCAUGGCAAAGGAUUCUGAAAUUUCUGGAAUGCCAUCUGCGAGGGUCUCAGAUAUGGCGGAGCUGCUGCAGCUUCUCCUGAACGUGUCAGAGAAGGCUGCCAAUGUGGCCCGAGUGUGUCGACGGGAGGCCCCGCUCUUCGAGCUGCUGGUCCAGGAGAAGAAAGGAGAUGACAAGAACAAGAAAUUUGUUCAGGACUUCAAGACUUUGGCAGAUGUGGUCAUUCAGGAGAUGAUCAGACAUGACGUUGGAGCUGUGUUUCCCGAGCUGAUUGACUUCAUCCAAGGGGAGGAAUCGAACAAGUUUGAGAAUGGGCUCGGAGAGAGCGUGAUUGUCACAGUUUGUGCCAAAGAGCAGGAGACGGCCGCCCUGCUGGCCACAGUGCUGGACGGCGACCAGACUGCGGCGGCGCUUUUGGCCAAAGCCAUCCACCAGGACCUCCAGUUCAGGGAUGAGGCGGCCGAGAGACUGAAGCCGUUCCCACUGAGCCCUGCAGAUGUGGGCAUCUGGAUAGAUCCAAUCGAUGGCACGAGUCAGUACAUAGAGGGAAAGGAGGAGCUGGUUCCGGAGGGAGAUUUCUGCUCAUUUGGACUUCCAUGUGCUUUGGUUUUGAUUGGGGUCUACCUGCGAGCCACAGGGGAACCUGUGAUGGGUGUCAUAAACCAGCCAUUCCAUCAAAGAGACGAGACAGGGCAUGGCUGGAAGGGCCAGCACUUCUGGGGAGUGUCCCACGGAGACUUCAACGCGUGCUCCGUGCCCAGGUCAAAGCGUCUGUCGUCGAGUGAGGACGGGGCGUGUCUCUCAGCCGUGCUGAGCUCCAGCGAAAAGGCGGCGGUCAAGGAGGCCCUCGCUCCCCUGUGCCCCGGGAAGUGUCUGAAAUACGCCUCUGGGGCUGGCUACAAGAUCCUGUGUGUCAUUCUCGGCCUGGCGGAUGUGUACGUUCUCUCCGAGGGCUCCACUUUCAAAUGGGACUCCUGUGCCCCGCAUGCCCUGCUCCGAGCGCUCGGGGGCGGAGUGGUCGAACUGGGGACUCGGCCUCCUGGUGGGAACAAGGGCCAGGUGGAGGUGCAACGUGGUGCUGAACUGACCUAUCACAAGCCCAAUGCUGGUUGCCGUGGUGCGGACCAGUGGGCCAAUCAGGGAGGACUGGUGGCCUAUCUUGAUUCCAAAGUGCUUUCAAGGGUGUUGGGGGAACUCGCAGGGAAGAUCUAAGAGGUUUUAUGUAUCGAUGUGAGGAUUCUGUGAGCAGGGAGGUGCUGAAUUAGGGGCCAUAUUUUAAUUCAGUGCCAGUGGGGGGUUUUAUUUUUGUAAGUUACUCACUUGUGUGCAGUUUCACUCAAGUGCACAGUGCAAUUUUGUUAAUGAUGUUUUUAAAACUAUCAAUCUAUGCUACUGUAUAUUCAUAUGCAACACAUAGAUUGUUUUUAUGUUUAACUGGUUGGUUUGUACUUCCAACUCUAACCACGGAAGUUAAAGUACAUGUUUAGUGUUCACAUUGAAAAGAUGCUGUUUAUUCCCAAGUGCAUCAAAUAAGUGCAUAAAGAAUGUGUAAUGGAACUAAGGCUUAAUUGCAGAUUAUGUAACCUCAGUUUUGUAUGCAGUUUGUCACUGUUGGUUAUAACUGGUGUUGGAUGCAUUUUUUGUAAUUUGGUUUCAAUCCAUAUGGAUUAUUUGUGCUGUGUCAUUGGAAACAUUUUAAACACAGGUCACAAUAGGUCAAUAGAAACCAGGGUGCAUAUGGUUAGAGGAAACUCAAACUCUAAAUGUACUGGUUACAUUAAAUAUAUUUUAAAAUAGACAAAGCUUAAUGUUGUAAUAAAAGUUUACUACUCUGGUAGUAGCAACCCACCUGUCU